CUUAAACGGCAGUGACCGCCACUGGUUGAGGGGGUAAUGUUCUGUUUUCCCAGGCCGUCGACCAGGUGUAGGAUUAGAUAGGGUUAAACUAUUAAUGACGGUAAUUUAACUUUUUCCUAAUUUUGUAUAAUCUUUUACCAUGUAUAAUGGAUUGUACAGUAGGUGGCGGCAUGCACCUAACAUUUGUUUGCGGACCGCUAUAAUAUUAUAGAAGAAGAAGAAUGUUCACGACACGUUCGUGUUGUUUUCUUUUUUAAACUGUCCGUUCGGGCAAGCGGUCUUCGUGACGGGCAGCCUCCAGAGGUGAAGACUGUAAGGCACUGAUUUAAAGCAUAAAGCAUCAUGGAGGAGGACAAUAAACCACUACUGGACUCAGUGCGUAGAGGAAGCUACACAGACAAAGGCUCCACAGAUUCCCUGGACCGAGGGGCAAGGAGGCCUUUCCACGUGGAGCAUCGGAAUAUAGUGGAGAAUGACCCCUCUGAGAGGGUGUCAGCAGAGGCCUCUGUCCUCAGCAGCAGAGUGCACUACUACAGCCGUCUCACUGCCGCCUCCGACAGACUGCUGAGCCCUCCAGACCAUGUGAUCCCCUGUCCAGAGGAGCUCUACGUGUACAGUCCUCUGGGGAUGGCCUUCAAAGUGACUGGAGGGGACGGAGGGGCCAAAAACCCAAGCAUCAUCACUAUUUUUGCCAUAUGGAACACGAUGAUGGGGACAUCUAUACUCAGUAUACCAUGGGGGAUAAAGCAGGCAGGGUUCACGUUGGGCAUCAUCCUCCUGAUCUCUAUGGGUCUGCUGACCCUCUACUGCUGUCUCAGAGUGCUCAAAUCACCCAAGUCAAUACCGUACAUCGACACGUCAGACUGGGAGUUCCCUGACGUGUGUAAAUAUUACUUUGGGAAGUUUGGCCAGUGGUCCAGUCUGCUCUUCUCCAUGGUGUCACUCAUUGGUGCUAUGGUGGUCUACUGGGUCCUAAUGUCCAACUUCCUCUUCAACACGGGCAAAUUCAUCUACAACUAUGCGCAUAAUGUCAGCAUGUCAGAUACAGAGUUUGGAACCAACGGGUCAGAAAGAGUGAUCUGCCCGUUCCCCGACACAGGGGACCACAAAGGGAACUGCAGCAGCGGCAUCAGCGGCCUCUACCUGAACAACAACAACUACUACUACUAUGGCAACGACACGUCAGACACAGCGGUGUUCGACCGCUGGUGGAGCAAGACCAACACCAUCCCAUUCUACCUCAUUAUCCUGCUGCUGCCGCUGCUCAACUUCCGCUCUGCCUCCUUCUUCGCCCGCUUCACCUUCCUGGGUACCAUAUCUGUGGUCUAUCUUAUCAUCCUGGUCACACUGAAGGCUAUUCGUCUGGGCUUUCACCUGGAGUUCCAUUGGUUAGAAUCCACUCAGUUCUACGUCCCAGAGUUCAGGCUGCUGUUCCCUCAGCUGACUGGUGUUCUCACCCUGGCCUUCUUCAUCCACAACUGCAUCAUCACCUUGAUGAAGAGCAACAAGCACCAGGAGAACAACGUGCGGGACUUGUCCGUGGCCUACCUACUGGUGGGACUGACGUACCUAUACGUGGGAGUGUUGAUCUUUGCUGCGUUCCCCUCCCCUCCUCUGUCAAAAGACUGCAUUGAACCAAACUUCCUGGAUAACUUCCCCAGCAGUGACGUGCUGGUGUUUGUGGCACGGACCUGUCUGCUUUUCCAGAUGACCACUGUCUACCCCCUGCUGGGCUACCUGGUGCGUGUCCAGAUGAUGAGCCAGGUCUUCGGCAAACACUACCCCAGUUUCUUCCACGUUUUCACUCUGAACAUUUUCAUCGUUGGCACUGGUGUCUGCAUGGCGAAGUAUUACCCCAACAUUGGCUCCAUUAUAAGGUACUCAGGGGCGACGUGUGGCCUGGCCCUGGUCUUUGUCUUCCCCUCUCUAGUCCACAUGAUCUCCCAGAAGCGUAGAGGGGAGCUCAGCUGGCCCUCGGCCAUCUUCCACAGCCUCCUCAUUGUCCUGGGCGUGGCCAAUGUGGCAGGACAGUUCUUCAUGUAGUUAUGCCACUACUUGGUUGGUCUGUCCCUCAAUGAAGCUGGGUCGUGUUCAUUAGUCACCAAAUGGAAGAAAAUGGACAGAAACAGGGAGGUGGGACGACUUGGACUUGUCCAUUAUGAAAUGCAAAUUUUAGUUUUCCGACGCAAAAUGUUUCAACUUUCUGUUGAGUGCCCUGAUGAUUACGACCCGGCACAAGCCUUUGUAUACAUUGUGUACGGUUCAGAGAGAUGCAGGAGACAGCAUACAGUGUCCAACUCUCAUGGUCUGGUUUGCACAGGGAGCAGUCUCUGGGGAAUUCAAGCUAAUGUCUUUCUUUCUACUUUAACUGCACGUUCUCUUCUUUUAGUGGGAGUUUCAUGUCAAUUUAGAUUGCUUCUUUGGAUGUUUACGUUAGUUUUGCUCCCUCCACAAACAUGUUAACCCUAAUCAUUCUGACUUUUUUUUUUUUAAGGGCAUUGACGUUCACCUCAGAACUGUCCUCCUUCAACAUGAUGGUGCAGAAAUAUUUUUGGUUAUUUUAUGUUGAUUUAAUUAUUAGUUUUUUUGGUAGUUCAGUAGGACUGAGCUAGCCUUGCACAGCCUUGUUCUCAUGUACUGUUCUGAUAACUCAUCUUUUGUUAUUUCCUCUUUUUAGGUUGAUUUAUUUUGGGGUUUCUAUUGUAGUUUGAACAAUUUAAGCACUGUUCUCAGCGUAAAAUACACUCAUAUUUAAUUUUUUGUUUAAAUGCAAUUAAUAUGUAGAACACAGAAGCAACCCAAUUUAAUAAUUUGAUUAUAAAUAAUGUGUGCGUAGCUUGCUUCAAAGUAGAACAGUACAACGGUAAGAAGUCUGUGGGAGAGUUAUCAAUAGAUAAUCAUGUGAUCAGACUUUCUGCAGCAUAAUUCCCCAGAGAGUGAAGCAUUUGACUGACAAAUGUUACUGAAUGAUUCCCUUAAACAUUUUCCCCUCCCUCCCCAUUCUCACCCCUCUGUUUGAACACUAUACAUUCUAUAUAGUAUAUAUUAUUCUGGGAAAAUGCACAAAUCAUGUCCUGUAUUCAUUAUAUGUUUUUGAGGGGGAGGGGAAAUCUGGAUGGAAUUAUUUGACGUGUAAAAGCAGGGAAGCGAUUUAUUGUGGCGACUGUUUUAGGCCCUUUGAAUUUUCUUGGCCCAUGUGGAUAUUUGGGUGGGAUUAGGGAGUUCAUUUGUUCCCUGGCUCAUAAAGGGAAAUACCACUCAAACUAUUUUCAUAUUUGUUUCAUUAGUCCAUUGUUGAUACGGUCCAAUAAUGUUUUACGUCAGCAAUCAAGUUUAAGAUACAACUUUCAAAAUAAUUUUGUAUCUUAAACUUGAUUGCUGACGUAAAACAUUUUGGGACCGUAUCAACAGUAGACUAAUGAAACAAAUAUGAAAAUAGUUAGUGGUAUUUUUCCUUAAAUGUAUUACAUUAUUGUAAGGUAAAGUUGCCCCGAGAUGCUGAUCUUGGGUGAGUUUUGUAUUUUCCCCACUCGGAUUUGGAAAGCUUAUCCUAGGGUAAACCUCAUAAUGUUCAUAUGCCAUAGUGGAGCACCAACCGUAUACUUGAACAAAUGGAAGCUAACUCUGUUAUGAACUUUUUGUUGUUGUUACAUACAGUUCUUCACUCUAAUUCUUCAGAGAAACUGCACCUUAAUGUUAUCGGAUGGAUAAAGGGAUUGUGUAGGGGGUGGUGUAAUGGAGUGUACGUUCACUAAAUGUUGCUUGUCAUACAAAAGCUGGCCUCAUUCUUUGGUAAGUAAGAUGUUAGCAAUUCCAGUUAGAGUUAUGGUGUUUUUAAUGGCAAUUAUAUUCACAGGGGGUUCUAAAUGUGUGUGUGUGGUUGUCUGCAAUUACAGAAUGAAGAGAGGAAUGAUAAGUAAUUAAAAUAUAGUAAUAAACAAUAUUACAAUGAA